CAACCUGGCCUAAGAAAUCUGUCCUGCUCCCCACCCAGGGCCAGGGCCUGAGAGAGACAACCCAACCUGUCCAACCUGUUGUGACGUCAUCACUUUCUCCACCCACCUGGGCUCUAAGUCUCCAGCCGCCUGGCUCUUCCUGUUCUCUGCUGCUUCCGUCCUCUCCUUGUGACCUCCCCUCCUUGUGACCCUCCCCUUUCUAAUUAGUUGAGACUCACCAGCCCACCGGUGGUGACCGACUCUGCACUGGUUCCUUCCCACUGCAAAGGCUAACUGUCCCCAAUGAGAAGAGAGUCAGGGUCAAGGCCUCGGGAGAGCAGAGGGUUGAGGGGCACAGAGCCAACGCCCUGAGCCCAUUUUCCAUCCACCCCUCUCACCCCAACUUCACCUAUUCAUACACACAACACUCCAUGCGGGACCAAGAUGGGAAACGGAGCAGAGAGGAUUAUAAACUUUGUCUUCAAAGUGGUGCUGAUAGGGGAAUCUGGAGUGGGGAAGACCAACCUGUUGUCAAUCACACGAAAUGAGUUCAACCAUGACAGUCGGACAACCAUUGGGGUGGAAUUCUCUACUCGAACUGUGCUGCUAGGAACAGCUGCUGUCAAAGCCCAGAUCUGGGACACAGCUGGGCUGGAGCGAUACCGUGCCAUCACUUCAGCGUAUUACAGAGGGGCAGUUGGGGCCCUACUGGUAUUUGACCUAACCAAACAGACUUAUGCCGUGUUAGAGCGCUGGCUGAAGGAGCUAUAUGACCAUGCAGAGGCCACCAUCGUUGUCAUGCUGGUGGGGAAUAAGAGUGACCUGAGCCAUGCAAGAGAGGUGCCCACCGAUGAGGCUCGAAUGUUUGCUGAAAUUAAUGGACUCCUGUUUAUUGAAACCUCAGCUCUUGACUCCACUAAUGUCGAGCUGGCUUUCGAAACUGUCCUCAAGAUUUUCAGCAAGGUGUCCAAGCAGCGGCAGAACAGUGCCCGUGCCAACGCUAUCACUCUGGGCAGUGCCCAAACUGGGCAAGAGCUGGGUCUCGGAGAAGAAGCUUGCUGUAUCAGCCUCUGA